GGCUGCUAGCUUUAACUUAUUGUUUGGCUAGCUUGGUUUGUGUUAGCAUCGUGAGUACUAUGAAACCACCUCCUCGUAAGCGAACUAAACCAGACCGCCACCUGAAUCCCGAGCAGGCGCCUCAGCGUUCAGGUACUGUGGUUAAAUGGCAGCAGGCGGAGCUGAGGAGGCUCUUGAAUGCCCUGAAAAAACUCAGCGGGACCGCGGGAGCUCUGAGCGACAUCGACUACGCUCUUCUGACAAAUUCCGUCCCUACUCGCUCCAUUGCAGAGAUCCAGUCUGUGGUGGAAACUCUGAAGAACAAAGCGAUCUCAUGUGCCAGCUUCAAGCUGAAGAAGAAGAAGUGGGAAGAAAAUAAGAUCAGAAAGCCCAUCGAAGUGUGGACACACAUGGCUUCUGCUGUGGCUGGAACACUUGAAGAGUCCAUUUCCAGUGCUUUCUCUCAGAUGCUGAUAGUGUCGUCCACAGAGCCUCGCACCCUCAGGAACUGUGACCCUCCACAGGUCCACAGACCACCCACACAGGAGGACGGGCAUGCUGAUCGCACAGUCCCUUUGAGACCAAUGCCUAGUUUACCAGAUAAAGGUGAGCAUCCUGCCACCAACACAGCCCAUCCACACAUCCUACUCAAGACUCCAGCACAAACAAUGGGCCCAGCCAAAAGACUACCAGCACCAUCCCAAGUGUUCAGAGUGACCAACACACAAACCACUCCACUCCAUCAACAGCUUUCUUCCUCAUCUGAAAGCUCACCUGCCGCCAUCUCUCAGUGUGCUGCUCCCUCCUGCCAGCGUCCUCCUCCAUCCUUGCUGCUACCCGCUGCACAGACUGUGACCCUGCUGUCUUCAGACCAAGCAGCUGCUGCAGUCACAGUCGGUUGUAGCUCUGCAGCAGCCGUCAAGUCUCUGAGCGAUGGCAGCUCUGUAAACCAGACUAACCAGCAAACCUCCAGUCCAUCCGGCCUUCACACGUCCUCAUCGGCCCCUAGCACUGUUCCAUCCUCUGCUGCCUCCACCAGUUCAGCCACCUCCAAGUGCUACUCCACCCAUCCCAAACCCCAACUCUCCACUCCGGCUGCAGCAGUUCAUGCCAAGUUUGGUCGCACCAGUAAAUAUGCCACCAAGGACAGUCCCAGGACGUUAGGUGUCAAGUGCGUAGUGGACUUUGAGAGGAUCUAUCGCUACUUGAGUGUCAUCCACAAGCCCAGUCACGAGUGUCAUCUCACCCCCAUGGAGAGUGCUAUAGUGUUGGACCUGUUGAUGUCUCUCCCAGAAGAGCUCCCCCUGCUGGACUGCAACAAACUGCACAACCACCUGAUCCAGGUUUACCAGGCUCUCUCUGCUCCUGCUGACUCCUCCGUGGCAAGAGACAUGUUUGAAGUGUUAAAGAUGCAGAAACAAGGAAGCGAUGAGCCUCACACAGCAGGGUCACAGGACAGACUGGCUGCUCAGACAGAGACAUCAAGUGUGCGAGACAGCAACCCAAAGCCACAGCAGGACAGCAGCAGAAGCAACAGUCAGCUGGCCGUCACUGACAGCAGUGAUGUGACAGACAGCGGAGGAAAGAAACUCCAGCCAGAUGAAUCUAAGAGCCAGUCACAUGAAAGCAAUAACCCAUCCAGCCAAACAGAGGGUGAAAACAUGACGGGACCCCCCCCACUUAACCCUUUCAUGGUUCCACUGAAACUGUUGAUGCGGAGAUAGAGUUAAAGAUAAGAAAACACACAUGCAUUUGUGUAGUAUUCUAUAGUUAUGGCUUUGUUCUGUAAUAAUUCUCUAUAAUAUUUAUAGAUUCUGGAGUUGAGCCACACAGUAUAUGGUCAUUGUAUUUUUAGUUUAGGAGGGAACUGCUGCAGUU